AUGGAUAAGGGGCUCUUCACCAACGACGGCUCCUUCAUGGAGAGGUUCAAGCAGAUGCAGCAGGAGGCGCAGGAGAAGAAGGCCGCCGCUUCCGCUGCGUCAUCGGCUCCCAAGCAUGCGAACCCCAAGCAGGGGUUUGCUAUUGUGGCAAACAAGAGGCCAUUCGAGCUGAAGAAGGCUGGGCCGGUAGCCUCGGCUGGUAAGCUGGCCUUUAGCCUCAAGAAGGCCAAGGUCGCGGUUGCACCUGUCUUCUCAGCCGAUGAUGAGGACGAGGAUGCCGCGGAUGUGGAGAGGGAGGAGCCCACCAAGCGCCAGAAAUCUGUGCAAGCUGAUGCUCCUGCGGCAGCUGCCCUGGCCGGGGCUGUUGCCCCACCCCCACCAAAUGAUAUGACAGUGAGACAAGUCGCUGACAAAUUGGCAAGCUUUGUUGCCAAAAAUGGGAGACAAUUUGAGAAUAUCACACGGCAAAGGAAUCCUGGAGAUACACCAUUCAAGUUUUUAUUUGACAAACACUGUCCAGACUACAAAUAUUAUGAGUAUCAGCUUGCUGAAGAGGAAAAGGCUCUUGCUCAGUCAAAGGAGGCUGAAGCAUCAAAAAGUGCUAACUCUGGCAUUGCAAGCUUCAAGGCACCAGGUGGUACACAUAGAAGCUCAUUUGAACAGAAGUCUAACUAUCAGACACCUGCAUCAGCUUUGUAUGGUGCAUAUGAGGGUAGAUCUUUCCAAGGAAGCUCUUCUAGUUACGGUGAUCAUAUGACUCCACCGUCAGAUCCUGUAGCAUUGAUGGAAUUCUAUGCAAAGAAGGCUGCACAGGAAGAACGGAAGCGGCCACCAAGGCAGUCGAAAGAUGAAAUGCCACCACCUCCUUCUCUUCAAGGUCCUCCUAAGAAGGGACACCACAUGGGUGACUUCAUUCCUCCAGAAGAACUUGAAAAGUUCAUGGCACGCUGUAAUGAUGCUGCAGCACAAAAGGCUACCAAAGAAGCCGCCGAGAAGGCUAAGAUUCAGGCAGACAAUAUUGGGCACAAACUUCUAUCUAAGAUGGGUUGGAGGGAAGGUGAGGGUCUUGGUAGCGAGAGAAGAGGCCGUGCAGAUCCCAUUAUGGCUGGAGAUGUGAAGAAGGAUCAUCUUGGUGUUGGCGCGGUCCAGCCUGGUGAGGUCACCUCUGAAGAUGACAUGUACGAGCAAUACAAGAAGCGAAUGAUGCUUGGAUACCGCUAUAGGCCGAACCCUCUGAACAAUCCAAGGAAAUCAUACUACUGA